GAAAAAUCGUGACAAGUUACCGGUAAAUUUUCAAGUAUCUUCUUGAAGAUUUCCACUCCUGCUAGUAUUAGGUACUUUCGUUUAUCAUAAGCGAGAAAGAAGUGUUUUUUCCGAGUUCCCAGAUUUUAGUAGUUCGUGACCUGCCACAACAAGCCGAAUUUAGCCGACGAAAGUUCGCCCGGCCCCAGCACUUCACGUAAGCAAUCUUCCGAAGCGGGUAUCGUGACCAGUACCCGAAACGAGGCCUUUGAAUAAUUAAGCCGCUUUCACUGCAUUGAUUCGGGACUAUUCAGUCGAACAGAAUCGGGAUGACAUGACGUCAAGUGCACGUCGCUCUAUCGCGGAGUUUUCACGGAAUCGCCGCUCGUCAAGCACGUCAUCCACCUCUUACGCCGCUUACUGAGCUCACGUGUGCGUCACCGUAAGCGACGCAAAAGCCGCCUCAUAAACCCGCCGAAAUCCCCCGUCUUGGCAUUCACCGUUGUGUCGAGUUGUGUUAAGUCCGCGGUAAUUUCACGCAUGAACCAAGUUCGGGCCUACCGACUGUUGUCCGGAAUUCUAGAGCCGUGAGGCAUACGCAACGUUUUCCUGCGUCUCGUUGGCUGAUCGCACCAAAGCUUCCGAAUUUCCACUCGGAGUUUGUUUUGUUUUCGAGUUUUGCUGCGUCAUCACGGAGCAGUUGAGCUAUCAUCAAUUGAUGAGCGCAAGAACUUUGGAGGUGACAGAUCUUCGCGGAAUUUGAAUUUACCGCGAUUCGAGUGAUCGCAUUCCAGAAACGAACUUCUUGACGUCGAAUUAAAUCAGAGCUAGUAAACUUCGGCAAAUUUUUAAUUUUCCGCGGCUCUUAAAUCAGAAGUGAUCGCAGCUCCAGAAAGGAACUUCUGAACAUCAAGCCAAAUCGAGGAGAGAAGUUCAUCAAAUUUCGAAUUUCCCGCGACUCUGAAACCGGAGGUGAUUAUAAUUUCGGAUACGAAAUUCUCAAAAUCGGAUCCAAUCAAAGACAGUAAACUUUGGCCAAUUUUUAAUUUCCCGCGGCUCUUAAAUCAGAAGUGAUUCCAGUUCCAGAAAGAAACUUCUGAAUAUCAAGCCUAAUCGAGGAGAGAAAUCCGCCGAAUUCUGAAUUCCCCGCGAAUCACAAACCGGAAGUGCCACCCCCUGUGAUCAUCAUCCCUAGAUCCAUCUCGAAUUCUAACUUUCCUGUUUUCAUUCCGGAAACGAAUUUCUCAACAACGAAUAAAAUCAAAGACAGUUAACUUUCGGAAGUUCCAAAAUCCUCGCGAAUCACAAACCGGAAGUGCCACCCCCUGUGAUCAUCAUCCCGGAAAUCGAUCUCAAAUUCUAAGUUUCCUGUUUUCAUUCUGGAAACUAAUUUCUCAACAACGAAUAAAGUCAAAGACAGGAAACUUUCGGAAGUUUCUAAAUUCCCGCGACUCACAAACCGGAAGUGCAUCCCCUGUGAUCCCUAGAUCGAUCUCAAAUUCUAAGUUUCGUGUUCUCAUCCCGGGAACGAAUUUCUCAACACCGAAUCAAACCGAAGGCAGUAAACUUUCGGAAGUUUCAAAAUCCUCGCGAAUCACAAACCGGAAGUGCCAUCCCCUUUGAUCAUCAUCCCUAGAUCGAUCCCAAAUUCCAAGUUUCUCAACAACGAACAAAGUUAAAGACAGUAAACUUUCGGAAGUUUCAAAAUCCCCGCGACUCACAAACCGGAAGUGCGUCAUCCCGGAAAUCGAUCCCCGAUUUCGAGUUCCUCGUCUCCAAGUGCCCGCGGUUCCGGAAUGGAGUACCUCUUCCCGCCAGGAUCCUCCGGGGCGAGCUGCAUUCGGCGCCUGUCGCAGGAGCUGUCGCUGUCGACGGGGGCGGGUCUGGCCUGUCUGACGGUGCCCUCCGGGGCGACCCCCACCUCCUCCAUGUCCUCCGGAUAUCCGGCCUCCGAGUGCGACACGGAGAGCUUCUUCAUCGGCGACUCCUCUGACGAGGGCGGGUGGGGCGACACCAGAAUCCUCCCGCACAGAAUUUUUGUCAAUCGGAGUUUGCAUUUGGAAAACAUUAAAUUCUAUGGAUUCGAUAUGGACUAUACUCUGGCCGAGUAUAAAUCACCGCAAUAUGAAAGGCUUGGUUUCAACUUGGUCAAAGAGCGACUGGUCAACAUGGGAUAUCCUCAAGAAAUAUUGCAGUUCAAAUAUGAUCCAUCUUUUCCCAUCAGAGGUCUCUGGUUUGACUCUUUGUAUGGAAACUUACUUAAAGUUGAUGCUUAUGGAAAUAUUCUAGUUUGUGUACAUGGAUUUGAGUUCCUAAAACCGUCCCAGAUCUAUGAGUUAUACCCCAAUAAGUUCCUACAGUUAGAUGAAUCUAGAGUUUAUGUUCUUAAUACUCUUUUUAAUUUACCUGAAACAUAUUUAUUAGCUUGUUUAAUAGAUUUCUUCACCAAUUCUCCGCAGUAUACAAGGGAUAAAACAGGAGUGCGCGAUGGAGAUCUCCUCAUGUCAUUCAGGUCAAUUUUCCAAGAUGUACGAAGUGCAGUAGAUUGGAUUCAUAUUCAGGGUGAUCUCAAGUCAGAAACAAUCAAAAACUUAGACGAAUACGUGAAGAAAGAUGAAAGGCUGCCGAUGAUCCUAACUCGCAUCCGAGAAAGCGGUGCAAAAGUAUUCCUUCUCACAAACAGUGAUUACAAUUUCACUGAUAAGAUAAUGACAUAUCUGUUUGAUUUCCCUCACGGUGCCCGGCCAGAUGAACCUCAUAGAAACUGGAAAACAUAUUUCGAUCUAAUAGUUGUGGAUGCUCGUAAACCCUUAUUCUUUAGUGAAGGGACGUUGCUCAGACAGGUGGACACACACACAGGUGCCCUCAAAAUUGGGACUCACACAGGCCCGUUGUUAGAAGAUGCCGUCUACUCAGGAGGGUCUUGUGAUGUAUUCACAGAGCUAAUGGGUGCCAAAGGAAAAGAUGUAUUAUACGUAGGAGAUCAUAUUUUUGGUGACAUUUUAAAAUCAAAGAAAAUUCGUGGAUGGAGGACUUUCUUAAUUGUACCUGAGCUUGUUCAAGAACUACACGUUUGGACGGAUAAGUGUCAGCUAUUCGCUGAACUGCAAGCCUUAGAUGUAAUGCUAGGAGAGAUGUACAAAAACUUAGACAGUAGUACAAAAGAAAAACCAGACAUCUCAAAAGUGCGCAACUCAAUCAGAGACGUAACGCACAAAAUGGAUUUGGCUUAUGGUAUGUUAGGAAGUUUGUUCAGAUCAGGAUCCAGGCAAACAUUUUUCUCGUCUCAGGUUGUUCGCUACGCUGAUCUUUAUGCUGCAACAUUCUUGAACCUCAUCUACUACCCAUUCAGUUACAUGUUCCGAGCACCACCCAUGCUCAUGCCUCAUGAGUCGACUGUCGCGCAUGAACAAAGGUUUGUGAUGGAGAGUCCGAUGAUCUCCCGCUCUCGAACAUUCUCAACCGUUGAGGAUGACAUCGACAGUGAAUCGAGAGCGCAACUGAAAACCCUCGACAGACAACUAAGCCAAGUGCCACACCAGCGGCCUGAAACUCCGAGACGCGUCACACACACACACGAUGAAGAUUGCUCAGAUGAGGAAAGCGACAGUAAGAGCGGAGAGGAUUCUGGGGUUACUCCUCCCCCCUCCAAGGCUUAAUUUUUCUGUAAAUCUACGAGAUGAGCCUUCAAACACUUGUCGUUUAUGGUGUCUAACUUUUGUGAUAACAAUGUGAUCGCGGAUUAGCACAAUCAGAAUGGUGAUUUAGAACUAAAGAAAAGCAGACCUUGAAGAUGAAUUGUAUUUAUCCAAUUAGCAAUUCAAUGAAAGAUGACUAUGUGUUCAUAUUUUGUGAUAUGUCAGUCAAAAAUAGAUUCAAUCUGCUUAUAUUCAUGAUAAAUCACAUUUUCAUCGUAAUAUUCAGAGUCAUCCAACAUCGGAGCUGUUUGUUUUGUCCAGUUCAUUUGUGCAGAGUGCAGAGCCUGUGAGUUUAAAAUUUUCACGGUUGCAGAAAAACAGCAGAAUUUUUAAGCAAUAAUCAUGCCAGAAAGUUUGUAUCAAGAUUCAGUGUGAUGACCGGUUUUUUAUUUGGUUCUGUCAAAAUUCUGAUUAUGAAUUUUCAUCAGUUUUUCAGCUUUUGACUUUUUCCCUCAUUGAAUUUUUGGAUGGUUUAAACCCAUGUACCACUCAGCCUUACGGCUUUAUUUCUAGUGUAAAUUUCCAAGUAGCCUAUGUACAAAGUGCUUUUUUCUGAUACCAUAAGACUGUAGAGAAGUCUGUACAUAUUUUAUUUAUAGUGACAUCUCUGGAAGUUUACUUGGUAGUUUCACAUUUUUAAAUUGUCAAUUUCGACAAGUUUCAGACUCCUGAAACGUGGAAUUUCUUUUUAAUUUUUAAAGUAUUAAAAUUUUAUUGUCAAGAAUUUUAUCGUAGGUUCUCAAUUUUAUUUUUUUGAUGUUUCAGUUGAUCUGUAAGUUGCAUUACUGUUAGUCACUUGAUAAUCCACUUUUUGUAGUAUUUUUAAAUUGAGGAAUCUACUCAAGUUUUUGAUUAUAUAUUCGUCUCCCAUUCUAAAUAUUAUGUCUUCUUUUUCUUUCGAAAUUAAAGACAUUUAUAUGCUAUCAAUGAAAAGUGUUUAAAGAGAAAACAAUUUUUUUUCUAAAAUUAUUGCAAAUGUUUCAAUUAGUUUGAUAAAAUCAGUUUAUGCUGCUCAUCUUUAUUUACACAAAAAUUUCUGCCCGCUGAGUAGAUGAGCCUUUAUUUCUCUUACUCUAAAUAAAACUGAGGCUCAUUGAAAUCGUAGGUAUGUCCAAUAAUCUCUGUCAUUAUGACUUGAGCCACAAAUUUUUCAAAAUCUCACUACAUAGCAAAAAUACAAAUUGUUUUGCCAUUUUUUUUCUUUUUGCAACUGUUUAGCUUCUUUUGCUCAUUUCAGAUUCUGUUAAUUUCCAGAUUCAAAAGGCGCUUAGUAUUCAAUGUUUCGCAAUUAUAAGCUGCCUUUCUCAAUAAAAUUCUCGUGUGUCUUAAAGCAAAAGUCUUCAAAGCAAUCUUUUCAAAUUAUUAGUCUGUACAUUUUAGCUGUAGAAGCUUAAAGUAAUACGUUCAAUCGUUCAGGGAAAAAUCUGUGAGAUCAACUUUGCCAGCUAUUAGGAAUUUUAAUUCGUACGUAGGUUGUUUCAAUAUGUUACCAAGCCUCAUCCAUAUUUGUAGUCCAUGUUUUUUUUUUUAGAAAUUUAGUGUGCGCUACCUGAUUUUAGUGAUUUACUCCCUCGAUUUUUUUAUAUUAUAUUAGCAGGCUUUAAUGAUUUUUUCACAUUAAUUUAGAGGCAUCCCUUUAGCCAAUGAUCAUUAAAAGAUAGGAGCGCAGCCUCUUUAUUUCUGAAUUUUAAAAUCUUACUUAAUUUAUCAUGGAAUGCAAAAAUCUACCGUGUUUCAACAGACUUGUAAUACUUCAUAAUCAGUCUGAUAGUGAAUAUAAUACAUCAUUAUAUCUUAUAAAAUUGCCUGCAUAGAAGUAUGUAUCUCUGUUCAUAACAACUGCUAACUUAGUUUCAGUUUUUUUCAGAAGUACGAAUGAUGUAAGAUUGAAGCUGAAAAAAAUCUUAGAUCAAUCCCUGCUGCAUCUGAAAUUGCUUUCAGAAAUUUUUUAGCAUAAAACAGUCUCGAACUUGAAUUAUAUUUUAGAUGAAGUACACGUAUUUUUAAAAGUUGAACAUUUUGUUUAUUUCAGUGCUUUAAAUGAGAAUGAUCUGUUCAACAUUUAAAUCAAUAUCCAAUUAUUUUUUGCAUCUCUGAUUAAUUAAUUGGCAACGGUUUUUUUGUGUCCAAAAAAAUUGACAUAUUAGCUAGCUUCCAUUUUACUUUCCAGCAUAAAAAUUCAGGUAAAAUUCAUAAUUCGAUGCUCCAUUUAUGGUGUUUCAUUAGUUGAGAUUGCUUUGAGUCAAGUAUUAAUCUUGUUUUAUAAAUUUUUAUGUAUAACUGCAUCAACGAAAUAAAAAUGUGAGGCCGUAAACAUCACCUUUUUUUGGAAUUUUUGUGAUAAGGUAACCAAACUAAUUAGUAAUUUUACACAAAUUUGGUAGCUCGUUAUUCUUGUUUUUUGUCAAGGUAAUAUUUUGUAGAUAGUAUGUAAUACUCGAUUGUAUGAAUAUCGUAUUGUAUGAAUAUCGUAUUGUAUGAAUAUCGUAUUGUAGACAUGUCUCUAAGAGUUUCUUACAGUUAUUUUUAUUGUUUUUCCUCCAAUUAUUUCUUUUUUAUCAAAAUAAAAAUUAACCUGAUGAAAACAUA